AAAGUCGCGCCUCGAAUAAAGUUCUGAACAGACUCAUUGUUUCCAAAGAAAUAUCCCUUCUUAUAGAGGAAAUUAGACCUGAAAUCGAAUGCAAGUCUCUUCAUGAGAUGUAACUGUCAUGAUACAUGAUCAGCCUAAUUUUAAUAUUCCUAGACUCCACCUUUCUCCAGAUGAACCAGCCAACAUCAAAGUACCAAUUUCAACCAGUUGACACCAUUAAACAUCUCAUUGUGUACUAGUUUUUUAUAGCUUCAAUUGAUAUUGAUCACCAUGGAAUAGCCUUAAACGACAUUUCUUAAAAAAUUCUAAUUAAUCUGUAAUACUGUUCACUAAAGUAGUUUACUACCAACAUCAGUGCACCGGUUUUUGUUAAUUUUUGUGUCUCACAGAUGAUAAGCUUCCACAACUAAAUGACAAUGACAAUGUCAAUGUCACUUGUCAAUUCUUGGUUUACAUUUUGACUAUCCUGGUUUUUGUCACCAAAUCUACACUGGAUAUCGAAUCAGACUAAUCAUCACCAGUUUCAAUUGCUAGGAUAACCCAAAGAAAUCCUCAAGAUAUGGAAAACAACGAUAAAGAAGAAGCUAAGCGUGAAAAUGGAGUUGAACCUGGUCGUCCACCAACCCCACAGACAUCUUCAUCUUCUGCAGCGACAUCCCCAUCAUCGGUUCCAGAUCAAUCUUCCCAACAAAACAAAACAUCUCCUGGAUCAAGUCUACAAGACCAACAAACACAAACCAAAAAUUCUCGAGCUCCAAAACAAGGAUUAAUGCAGCAAUUAACUCCUCAACAGAUUCAACAAUUGCAACAAGCCAAACAGCAAACUCAGCAACAAAAACAAGCUGAUGGACCUUCUCGGAAGAUAUCACAGUCAAGUGGAGCCAAACCUUUUCCAAUUCGAGGUGAUCGAACCACGAGUUAUGUUAACAUACCCCAUAUUAUUGCCAUGGUUGGUUUGCCUGCCAGGGGUAAAACGUAUAUUGCCAAAAAGUUGACUCGAUACCUUAACUGGAUUGGAAUAAAAACUCGGGUGUUUAAUGUCGGUGAAUAUCGUCGUCAAGCAACUGAAGCUUACAAAAAUCAUGAUUUCUUUAGACCUGAUAAUAAAGAAGCAAUGGUUAUUAGAAAUAAGUGUGCUUUAGAUGCCCUUGAAGAUAUGUGUAGCUGGCUGACUGAGGGUAACGGUGAAGUGGCCGUUUACGAUGCUACCAAUACAACUUUUUACCGGCGCCAGUUGAUUUACGAUUUUGUUGUUGAAAAAUAUGGCUACAAAUUGUUUUUCGUUGAAUCAAUCUGUGAAGAUCCAGAGAUUGUUGAAGCCAAUAUUCGGGAGGUUAAAGUUCAUAGUCCGGAUUAUCGUAACAUGGCUCAAGAUAAGGCAUUACAGGAUUUCCUCCAACGUAUUGAGCACUACAAGGAAGCAUAUCAAACACUAGAGGAAGAUAAAGAAAAGGAUUAUUCUUUUAUGAAGAUUUUUAAUGCUGGAGAAAAGGUUUUAGUUCAUCGUCACGAAGGCCACAUACAGUCAAGAGUGGUUUAUUACUUGAUGAACAUUCACAUUACACCCAGAUCAAUUUACUUAACUCGUCAUGGUGAAAGUGUCUACAAUCUACAGGGAAGAAUUGGCGGUGACUCCGAGCUUUCUGAAAGAGGAUGUCAAUAUGCUAAAGCUUUAGCUCAAUAUAUUUCAGAGCAAAAAAUUCCACGUCUACGAGUAUGGACAUCUCAACUGAAACGAACCAUUCAAACAGCUGAAAGUAUUCGAGCUCCUCAGGAAAGAUGGAAGGCUCUCAAUGAAAUUGACGCCGGAAUUUGCGAGGAAAUGACUUAUGAAGAAAUUCAAGAGAAGUAUCCAGAAGAGUUCGCAUUGCGUGAUCAGGACAAGUUUCAUUAUCGUUAUCCAAAAGGAGAGUCAUAUGAAGAUUUGGUAGCUCGCUUGGAACCAGUCAUUAUGGAACUAGAGAGACAAGAAAAUGUUUUAGUGGUGGCUCAUCAAGCUGUUCUUCGAUGUCUUUUGGCCUACUUCUUGGACAAGAGUUCAGAAGAUCUUCCUUAUUUGAGGGUUCCAUUACACACAAUAAUUAAAUUAACUCCAAUUGCCUAUGGGUGCGAGGUUACCGAAUACAAGGUUCCCAUUGAAGCGGUUAACACUCAUCGAGAGAAACCUAAGAUUAGGCCAGAAUUGCCGUUUUCAUCCUAUCCUCAUAGAUCAUCACUUGUUGAUGUUCUGGCUUUAACAUUGAGCCAGGAAAAGGCUGGUCUCAGGCGUCAUUCCUCAACACCCAGGAACUCUGAUUAUUACAAAUAUUAGCGAAAAUAGAGCGAAAUCAAGAUCACACGGAUGGAUUUCCCCAUGAUGAUCUUUUCGUUUUUCAGUGUGGUCAUUUGGCACUGAUAUUAUUGAUUAUUCUUGUUGAAAGAAACUCAUAUAGCCAAGAGAAAAAAAAUUAUUCGUUACGUCAAACUUCUUAGAGCUUAUCAAUCCCUCCGAAUUCAUUGAUGACUUUGGUUUCUUCAUCAAUUUUUCCAUUUGUCCACAUUCAUUCGUCUUGCCUUGCAACUUAGAGCUUCUACUAUUCAAGUGAUACAGCAACAAACCACCAAUAAUUCAUCGUACACUGUUUACUAGCAAAUUGGUCCUGAUUUACAAAACAAGUAAUUUGUGUCUUUGUGCCUACUUGGGUUAACACAUUUUUUUCUGGGAAACCUAUUGCAACAUGUUCAUUUAAUCUCUCGAAUGCUACAGAUUAGCAAUUCUACUUCAAUCAUCGUGUACUUAAUGAAUUAUAUCUCAUUUUUCAAUCCACCUGACUUUUAAUCCCUGUCUUUGGUAGAAUCUGAUAACCCAUGAAACCUAAUCUUUUCAAGUUUUUGCCAAUUGUUUCUUUGAUUCCUUUUUUUCCUUCUAAUUUCUACCUCUUUCCAUACGAUCUCUGUUAACUGUACGCUAAUCUCAUUGCUUUUGAUCUAACAAUCUUCCCUCAACCUGAUUCAAUCGUUCAUGCUUCAAUGUUUUCAACCUUUUUGUUUUCUUUCCAAAUCAUUGUUUAUUGAUUGUUGAAUAUGUUUUAGCUUAAAUGAUUUUAUUUGUAUUUCUUGUGUUUUCAUUCCUAUCAUAUGUUUGAUCCUUUUUUUUGUUUUUUAGUGUAGUUGGUAAAUUUAAGUAAAUAUCCAUUAAUGAUCUAAUCAAAUUUUACUUAAUGCUGUCAAAUAUGUUAUUUUUAUGUCCACUGAUCCAUGCUUGUUUCAGCUUCAAUCUAAUUGCAUCUUCUUCCCCAAAUAGAACUGUAGCCGACAUAGAACUGCCGACGAGGCUCUGACGACCGUUCCAUCUCAUCCAAUGUGAGAAAGGUGAGUUUGAAUAUUGGGAGAAUGAAAAAUGAAUUGGAAAAUUGGUGGACAAAUCAAUGGAUAUGAUGAUUAAUCUGUAUCGAAUUAUUAUAUAAAAUUGUAUGCAUCUUAAUAAGAAAUUUGUUUAGAUUUUAUAUCACAUUUAAUUGUAAAAUUUUAUUUUGUAAUCGUAAUUAUUAUAUGGUGAUAAAUUAUUGUUUCAAUAUUGAUUAA